GAUAAACAACCGUCUUUUGCAAAAGUCCGGCUGCUGUAACGAACCAGACUCAAACAGUUCGCUUUUCUAUCUGUGUAGAGAUGAAGGACACGCUGCAGCUGGUACACCGGUUCAGUGCCCAUCCUGAUGCCCGCUGCUGGUUUGUCGCCUGGAGCCCGACCGGCGCGCUGCUCGCUUCCUGCGGCGGAGACCGAGCGAUCCGGAUCUGGGGGAGAGAGGGAGACAGUUGGGAAUGUAAGUGUGUACUGUCAGAUGGACACCAGCGAACCGUUCGAAAAAUUGCCUGGUCACCCUGUGGACGUUACCUUGCGUCUUCUAGCUUUGAUGCCACGACGUGUAUCUGGAAGAAGAAGGACAAUGAUUUUGAGUGCCUCACAGUGUUAGAAGGACAUGAGAACGAGGUGAAGUGUGUCGCUUGGGCGCCGUCUGGAAACUUACUGGCUACCUGCAGCAGAGAUAAAAGUGUCUGGAUAUGGGAAGUAGUAGAUGAGGAGGAGGAGUAUGAGUGUGUUAGUGUGGUAAAUUCACACACACAGGAUGUGAAACAUGUUGUUUGGCACCCCACACAAGAGAUUUUGGCUUCUGCCAGUUAUGAUAACAAAGUGUGCAUUUAUAAAGAAGAUGAUGACGACUGGGAGUGCCGUGCAACCCUGGAGGGACACACAUCAACAGUGUGGAGUCUUUCUUUCGACCCUGAGGGAAAGAGACUGGCCUCCUGCAGUGACGAUCGCACUGUGAAAAUAUGGAAAGACUGUGCAACAGGUGAUGGUUCUGUCGAUGGUUCAUGGAAAUGUGUGUGUACCUUGUCUGGAUUUCACAACCGGACCGUGUACGAUGUUGCAUGGUGCCGUUUGACGGGGGCACUGGCUACAGCAUGCGGCGACGAUGGAGUUCGUGUCUUUAAGGAAGACGUAACAUCAGAUCCGGAGCAGCCCGUGUUUAAUCUAUCAGCUCACGUCCCUAAAGCUCAUAGCCAAGAUGUGAACUGUGUGGCCUGGAAUCCGAAGGUAGCCGGUGUGCUGGCCACAUGCAGUGACGAUGGAGAAAUCGCUAUCUGGAACUACCAGUCAGAUGCUUAACGUGGUGAGAGGAUCCUCGUUCUGGGUCUACACUGGACUAGUAAAGCACUCAGUUACAGAGCUGAACAGAAUCCAGUCAGUCUGGUUACAAGCUGUGUAUAACUUCUGCUAAAAUGUUUUGUGUUUAUGAAAUAAGACUAUAAACAUUUAUACAGAUUUACUUUAUUCCAUUUAAUGUUUCUGUAAGUCUGUACCACAUUCUGGCAGUACUUGUUGAAAGCUUAAGCAAGAGUUUGAGCUCUUUUGAGACUUAUAAACAUUUAUUUUGAAAAACAAAUGUAAACAGGAUCGUCAUGGUUUUAAAUAAAUGUCAAAAUUUGU